AUGCUACUUCUCUUCUCGCUCGGCUCCAAUGGGUCGGGGCAGCUGGGGAUUGGCCACAAAGAGGACGUGUCGGUCCCGAAGCAAGUACUCUUCGAUGACGACGACGCCGACCGCCAUCCAUCCUCGCUGAAGCGCAUUAUUGCUGGCGGCAACCACACGCUGCUGCUUACGGGGACGGGCGAUAUUUUUUGGGCCGGAGACUCGAGCACGGGAGCGUGCGGAAAGGUCACGGCCGCCCGCGCAGCGCUCCCCUCGAAAUUCCGCCCAGUCAACCUCUCUUUGCCAGCAGCCCAGGGUCAGCAAGAGUCGGCGGCCUUCAAGGUGCACCUCGCAGCAGCGACGUGGGAGGCGUCUGUCGUCACGCGGCUGGACGAGCACGGGAGGAACACCAAGGUCUACAGCUUCGGUUCUGGGCUGAAAGGCGAGCUCGGGCUGGGCAGCUUCAUCUUCCGCACCCCGAUUCCCGCCGAGAUCCCUAACUUCCCGCCACCUGGCACCGAAAUCAUCGACCUUUCGGCCUGCAUGGGCCACGUGGUUGCCGUCUUAAGCAACGGGGAGGCGUGGGGCUGGGGGAACGGGCGGAAGGGCCAGCUCGGCACCUCCGAGACCUUCAUCCACUCGCCCCAGAUGAUCGACGGCGUAGGCUUCAGGGUGGCCAAGGCCGUCUGCGGCCGCGAAUUUACAUGCCUCGUUGGCGAUUCCGCUAGCGGAGACAUUGCCGUGCUUGGGUCGGACAAGUGGGGGGUCAAGUCUGGGGCCCCGAGCCGCCUUGUCGGCUGGAAGGAGGUUGCGGCAAGCUGGGGCAAUGUCUUCGUGCUGAGCGAGGAUGGCAGCGUCACUAGCUGGGGACGCAAUGAACACGGGCAACUCGCCCCUGCGAACAUUCCUCGGACCAAAAGCAUUGCUGUCGGGAGCGAGCAUGUGCUAGCCUUGAGCAAGGACGGUCAGGUCACUGCAUGGGGGUGGGGCGAGCAUGGCAACUGCGGGCCACUUGACAGCGCGGACAAGGCAAAGGGUCAACAUAAUGUAAUUGCAUCGUCCAAGUUUAUCCCUCCCGGCUCUGAAAUCACGGCAAUCGGUGCAGGAUGUGCGACCAGUUGGGUAGCCAUCGAAAUGCCAACCGAGUAUCCUCUUGAAUCGCCCCAAACCUGA